AUGUGUCACUGUCUCAUGUGUCACUGUCCCAUGUGUCACUGUCCCAUGUGUCACUGUCCCAUGUGUCACUGUCCCAUGUGUCACUGUCGCAUGUGUCACUGUCUCAUGUGUCACUGUCUCAUGUGUCACUGUCUCAUGUGUCACUGUCCCAUGUGUCACUGUCUCAUGUGUCACUGUCCCAUGUGUCACUGUCCCAUGUGUCACUGUCCCAUGUGUCACUGUCUCAUGUGUCACUGUCCAUGUGUCACUGUCCCAUGUGUCACUGUCCCAUGUGUCACUGUCCCAUGUGUCACUGUCUCAUGUGUCACUGUCCCAUGUGUCACUGUGUCACUGUCCCAUGUGUCACUGUCCCACUGUCCCAUGUGUCACUGUCCAUGUGUUACUGUCCCAUGUGUCACUGUCCCAUGUGUCACUGUCCCAUGUGUCACUGUCCCAUGUGUCACUGUCCCAUGUGUCACUGUCCCAUGUGUCACUGUCCCAUGUGUCACUGUGUCACCUCAUGUAUCACUGUCCCAUGUGUCACUGUCCUAUGUGUCACUGUCCCAUGUGUCACUGUCCCAUGUGUCACUGUCCCAUGUGUCACUGUCCCAUGUGUCACUGUCCUAUGUGUCACUGCCUCACCCAUCUUCUCUGCUGUCUAUGGCCUCCAUGCUCGUCUUUUGUGUAUGGCCUCCUGAUUUAAUGCUUAAGUGUGGCCUCCAGGCUGUUCUUCUGCUUGUGGUCUCCAGGCUGCGUACCACAGACGAAGACUGGGGUGGAGGCUACGAACCUCUGUUUACACCGCCUAGUGACUGUUGCCAGAAGAGUUGUUAUAAAAUAGUGAUGACAUUAAUUGCAUACGUGUUAACCAAGAUGCCAAUCAGAGUGUUAACCAAGGUGCCAAUUAGAGUGUUAACCAAGGUGCCAAUCAGAGUGUUAACCAAGGUGCCAAUCAGAGUGUUAACCAAGGUGCCAAUCAGAGUGUUAACCAAGGUGCCAAUCAGAGUAUUAACCAAGGUGCCAAUCAGAGUGUUAACCAAGGUGCCAAUCAGAAUCUCCAACAUAGAUCUCCAACUAGCUCUCCAACACAGCUCUCCAACACAGCUCUUCAACACAGCUCACAAACACAGUUCACAAACACAACUCUCCAACAAAGCUCUCCAACACAGGUCUCCAACAGAGCUCUCCAACAAAGCUCUCUAA